AUGAGGAGGAUAACCAAAUUAUUGUGGAAUACAAUUGUUACAUUAUGUGUUCUUGGUUCAAGUAGUCAAAAUACCCUUCUUUUUUCUACCUCGGAUGAUAUCAAAGAACUUGAUCUCGACAGUGGUAAUGUGACUGUCCUCGUUAGCGGAGUUCAUUAUGUGUUUUCUAUGGAUUAUGAUUACAUACAUGGCUUUGUUUACUUCUCAAGAUAUUAUAAAAACGACAUAUUAAGAUUUAAUUAUACAUUUGUUGAAAAUAUAACUUUGGAGACAGUUAUAGUUACUGAACAUUAUCCAGUAGGUGUAGCUAUUGACCCAGUAGACUACCAUGUAUAUUGGACAGAAACCUUUUCAUCAUCAAGACGAAUCAGAAGGUGUAAUUUUGACGGAACGAAUCCAGUAGUUCUUAUGAAUGAAAAAUCUCCUUGGACUAUAUCACUUGAUUUAGUCAAUAGGUGGAUAUAUUUUGGAACAGUCAUUGGGACAAUAGGAAAAUUUGAAAUGAAUGGAACUUAUCAAGAAACUAUCAUAGCAAAUGGUAUCGGUUAUGUCAGUGACUUGAGUAUUGAUACGAAUUUAGAUCAUAUCUACUGGAUUGAAUACGAUACUGGUGAUUUGAAAUCAGCAGACAUUAAUAGUUAUAAUGUUUCUUAUGUAUAUGAUGGAUUACCAAAUAUUCCAACUGUAACAAUUACAAACGCAGCAUAUAACACCACGUAUGGAUACAAUGUGACUCUAGAAUGCAUGAUAGUUUCUUUCCCAAAGCACAUCCAUGUAUACUGGCAACAUAUCUAUAAUAAAACAGUAUUAAAUAUAACAUCCGAUAGUCCCGGUGUUUAUGGCUCAAAGGUAACUGACCCGUCAUUGUCUAUACUGCAUGUUACUGCAGAGGAUUCCGGAGACUACAUAUGCUUUGCUGUUAAUAUUGUUGGAACAGGAAACAGCGAAUCAACGAGUUUGACCGUAUUAGGAGAUAUUCCAACUGUAACAAUUAAACAUGCAGCAUAUAACACCACGUAUGGAUUCAAUGUGACUCUAGAAUGCAUGAUAGUUUCUUCCCCAAACCACACCCAUGUAUACUGGCAACAUAUCUAUAAUGAAACGGUAUUAAAUAUAACAUCCGACAGUCCCGGUGUGUAUGGCUCAAAGGUAACUGACCCGUCACUGACUAUACUGCAUGUUACUGCAGAGGAUUCCGGAGACUACAUAUGCUUUGCUGUAAAUAUUGUUGGAACAGGAAACAGCGAACCAACGAGUUUGACCGUAUUAGGAGAUAUUCCAACUGUAACAAUUAAACAUGCAGCAUAUAACACCACGUAUGGAUUCAAUGUGACUCUAGAAUGCAUGAUAGUUUCUUCCCCAAACCACACCCAUGUAUACUGGCAACAUAUCUAUAAUGAAACGGUAUUAAAUAUAACAUCCGACAGUCCCGGUGUGUAUGGCUCAAAGGUAACUGACCCGUCACUGACUAUACUGCAUGUUACUGCAGAGGAUUCCGGAGACUACAUAUGCUUUGCUGUAAAUAUUGUUGGAACAGGAAACAGCGAACCAACGAGUUUGACCGUAUUAGGAGAGAUUCCAACUGUAACAAUUAAACAUGCAGCAUAUAACACCACGUAUGGAUUCAAUGUGACUCUAGAAUGCAUGAUAGUUUCUUCCCCAAACCACACCCAUGUAUACUGGCAACAUAUCUAUAAUGAAACAGUAUUAAAUAUAACAUCCGAUAGUCCCGGUGUUUUUGGCUCAAAGGUAACUGACCCGUCAUUGACUAUACUGCAUGUUACUGCAGAGGAUUCAGGAGACUACAUAUGCUUUGCUGUUAAUAUUGUUGGAACAGGAAACAGCGAACCAACGAGUUUGACCGUAUUAGAAGAGAUUCCAACUGUAACAAUUAAACAUGCAGCAUAUAACACCACGUAUGGAUUCAAUGUGACUCUAGAAUGCAUGAUAGUUUCUUCCCCAAACCACACCCAUGUAUACUGGCAACAUAUCUAUAAUGAAGCAGUAUUAAAUAUAACAUCCGAAACUCCCGGUGUUUAUGGCUUAAAGGUAACUGACCCGUCAUUGACUAUACUGCAUGUUACUGCAGAGGAUUCCGGAGACUACAUAUGCUUUGCUGUAAAUAUUGUUGGAACAGGAAACAGCGAACCAACGAGUUUGACCGUAUUAGGAGAGAUUCCAACUGUAACAAUUAAACAUGCAGCAUAUAACACCACGUAUGGAUUCAAUGUGACUCUAGAAUGCAUGAUAGUUUCUUCCCCAAACCACACCCAUGUAUACUGGCAACAUAUCUUUAAUGAAACAGUAUUUAAUAUAACAUCCGAAACUCCCGGUGUUUAUGGCUUAAAGGUAACUGAUCCGUCAUUGACUGUACUGCAUGUCACUGCAGAGGAUUCCGGAGACUACAUAUGCUUUGCUGUAAAUAUUGUUGGAACAGGAAACAGCGAACCAACGAGUUUGACCGUAUUAGGAGAGAUUCCAACUGUAACAAUUAAACAUGCAGCAUAUAACACCACGUAUGGAUUCAAUGUGACUCUAGAAUGCAUGAUAGUUUCUUCCCCAAACCACACCCAUGUAUACUGGCAACAUAUCUAUAAUGAAGCAGUAUUAAAUAUAACAUCCGAUAGUCCCGGUGUUUAUGGCUCAAAGGUAACUGACCCGUCAUUGACUAUACUGCAUGUUACUGCAGAGGAUUCCGGAGACUACAUAUGCUUUGCUGUAAAUAUUGUUGGAACAGGAAACAGCGAACCAACGAGUUUGACCGUAUUAGGAGAGAUUCCAACUGUAACAAUUAAACAUGCAGCAUAUAACACCACGUAUGGAUUCAAUGUGACUCUAGAAUGCAUGAUAGUUUCUUCCCCAAACCACACCCAUGUAUACUGGCAACAUAUCUAUAAUGAAACAGUAUUAAAUAUAACAUCCGAUAGUCCCGGUGUUUAUGGCUCAAAGGUAACUGACCCGUCAUUGACUAUACUGCAUGUUACUGCAGAGGAUUCCGGAGACUACAUAUGCUUUGCUGUAAAUAUUGUUGGAACAGGAAACAGCGAACCAACGAGUUUGACCGUAUUAGGAGAGAUUCCAACUGUAACAAUUAAACAUGCAGCAUAUAACACCACGUAUGGAUUCAAUGUGACUCUAGAAUGCAUGAUAGUUUCUUCCCCAAACCACACCCAUGUAUACUGGCAACAUAUCUAUAAUGAAACAGUAUUAAAUAUAACAUCCGAUAGUCCCGGUGUUUAUGGCUCAAAGGUAACUGACCCGUCAUUGACUAUACUGCAUGUUACUGCAGAGGAUUCCGGAGACUACAUAUGCUUUGCUGUAAAUAUUGUUGGAACAGGAAACAGCGAACCAACGAGUUUGGCCGUAUUAGGAGAUAUUCCAACUGUAACAAUUAAACAUGCAGCAUAUAACACCACGUAUGGAUUCAAUGUGACUCUAGAAUGCAUGAUAGUUUCUUCCCCAAACCACACCCAUGUAUACUGGCAACAUAUCUAUAAUGAAACAGUAUUAAAUAUAACAUCCGAUAGUCCCGGUGUUUAUGGCUCAAAGGUAACUGACCCGUCAUUGACUAUACUGCAUGUUACUGCAGAGGAUUCCGGAGACUACAUAUGCUUUGCUGUAAAUAUUGUUGGAACAGGAAACAGCGAACCAACGAGUUUGGCCGUAUUAGGAGAGAUUCCAACUGUAACAAUUAAACAUGCAGCAUAUAACACCACGUAUGGAUUCAAUGUGACUCUAGAAUGCAUGAUAGUUUCUUCCCCAAACCACACCCAUGUAUACUGGCAACAUAUCUAUAAUGAAGCAGUAUUAAAUAUAACAUCCGAUAGUCCCGGUGUUUAUGGCUCAAAGGUAACUGACCCGUCAUUGACUAUACUGCAUGUCACUGCAGAGGAUUCCGGAGACUACAUAUGCUUUGCUGUAAAUAUUGUUGGAACAGGAAACAGCGAACCAACGAGUUUGACCGUAUUAGGAGAUUUUCCAACUGUAACAAUUAAACAUGCAGCAUAUAACACCACGUAUGGAUUCAAUGUGACUCUAGAAUGCAUGAUAGUUUCUUCCCCAAACCACACCCAUGUAUACUGGCAACAUAUCUAUAAUGAAACAGUAUUAAAUAUAACAUCCGAUAGUCCCGGAGUUUAUGGCUCAAAGGUAACUGACCCGUCAUUGACUAUACUGCAUGUUACUGCAGAGGAUUCCGGAGACUACAUAUGCUUUGCUGUAAAUAUUGUUGGAACAGGAAACAGCGAACCAACGAGUUUGGCCGUAUUAGGAGAGAUUCCAACUGUAACAAUUAAACAUGCAGCAUAUAACACCACGUAUGGAUUCAAUGUGACUCUAGAAUGCAUGAUAGUUUCUUCCCCAAACCACACCCAUGUAUACUGGCAACAUAUCUAUAAUGAAGCAGUAUUAAAUAUAACAUCCGAUAGUCCCGGUGUUUAUGGCUCAAAGGUAACUGACCCGUCAUUGACUAUACUGCAUGUUACUGCAGAGGAUUCCGGAGACUACAUAUGCUUUGCUGUAAAUAUUGUUGGAACAGGAAACAGCGAACCAACGAGUUUGACCGUAUUAGGAGAGAUUCCAACUGUAACAAUUAAACAUGCAGCAUAUAACACCACGUAUGGAUUCAAUGUGACUCUAGAAUGCAUGAUAGUUUCUUCCCCAAACCACACCCAUGUAUACUGGCAACAUAUCUAUAAUGAAACAGUAUUAAAUAUAACAUCCGAUAGUCCCGGUGUUUAUGGCUCAAAGGUAACUGACCCGUCAUUGACUAUACUGCAUGUUACUGCAGAGGAUUCCGGAGACUACAUAUGCUUUGCUGUAAAUAUUGUUGGAACAGGAAACAGCGAACCAACGAGUUUGGCCGUAUUAGGAGAGAUUCCAACUGUAACAAUUAAACAUGCAGCAUAUAACACCACGUAUGGAUUCAAUGUGACUCUAGAAUGCAUGAUAGUUUCUUCCCCAAACCACACCCAUGUAUACUGGCAACAUAUCUAUAAUGAAGCAGUAUUAAAUAUAACAUCCGAUAGUCCCGGUGUUUAUGGCUCAAAGGUAACUGACCCGUCAUUGACUAUACUGCAUGUUACUGCAGAGGAUUCCGGAGACUACAUAUGCUUUGCUGUAAAUAUUGUUGGAACAGGAAACAGCGAACCAACGAGUUUGACCGUAUUAGGAGAGAUUCCAACUGUAACAAUUAAACAUGCAGCAUAUAACACCACGUAUGGAUUCAAUGUGACUCUAGAAUGCAUGAUAGUUUCUUCCCCAAACCACACCCAUGUAUACUGGCAACAUAUCUAUAAUGAAACAGUAUUAAAUAUAACAUCCGAUAGUCCCGGUGUUUAUGGCUCAAAGGUAACUGACCCGUCAUUGACUAUACUGCAUGUUACUGCAGAGGAUUCCGGAGACUACAUAUGCUUUGCUGUAAAUAUUGUUGGAACAGGAAACAGCGAACCAACGAGUUUGGCCGUAUUAGGAGAGAUUCCAACUGUAACAAUUAAACAUGCAGCAUAUAACACCACGUAUGGAUUCAAUGUGACUCUAGAAUGCAUGAUAGUUUCUUCCCCAAACCACACCCAUGUAUACUGGCAACAUAUCUUUAAUGAAGCAGUAUUAAAUAUAACAUCCGAUAGUCCCGGUGUUUAUGGCUCAAAGGUAACUGACCCGUCAUUGACUAUACUGCAUGUUACUGCAGAGGAUUCCGGAGACUACAUAUGCUUUGCUGUAAAUAUUGUUGGAACAGGAAACAGCGAACCAACGAGUUUGACCGUAUUAGGAGAGAUUCCAACUGUAACAAUUAAACAUGCAGCAUAUAACACCACGUAUGGAUUCAAUGUGACUCUAGAAUGCAUGAUAGUUUCUUCCCCAAACCACACCCAUGUAUACUGGCAACAUAUCUAUAAUGAAACAGUAUUAAAUAUAACAUCCGAUAGUCCCGGUGUUUAUGGCUCAAAGGUAACUGACCCGUCAUUGACUAUACUGCAUGUUACUGCAGAGGAUUCCGGAGACUACAUAUGCUUUGCUGUAAAUAUUGUUGGAACAGGAAACAGCGAACCAACGAGUUUGGCCGUAUUAGGAGAGAUUCCAACUGUAACAAUUAAACAUGCAGCAUAUAACACCACGUAUGGAUUCAAUGUGACUCUAGAAUGCAUGAUAGUUUCUUCCCCAAACCACACCCAUGUAUACUGGCAACAUAUCUAUAAUGAAACAGUAUUAAAUAUAACAUCCGAUAGUCCCGGUGUUUAUGGCUCAAAGGUAACUGACCCGUCAUUGACUAUACUGCAUGUUACUGCAGAGGAUUCCGGAGACUACAUAUGCUUUGCUGUUAAUAUUGUUGGAACAGGAAACAGCGAACCAACGAGUUUGACCGUAUUAGGAGAGAUUCCAACUGUAACAAUUAAACAUGCAGCAUAUAACACCACGUAUGGAUUCAAUGUGACUCUAGAAUGCAUGAUAGUUUCUUCCCCAAACCACACCCAUGUAUACUGGCAACAUAUCUAUAAUGAAACAGUAUUAAAUAUAACAUCCGAUAGUCCCGGUGUUUAUGGCUCAAAGGUAACUGACCCGUCAUUGACUAUACUGCAUGUUACUGCAGAGGAUUCCGGAGACUACAUAUGCUUUGCUGUAAAUAUUGUUGGAACAGGAAACAGCGAACCAACGAGUUUGACCGUAUUAGGAGAGAUUCCAACUGUAACAAUUAAACAUGCAGCAUAUAACACCACGUAUGGAUUCAAUGUGACUCUAGAAUGCAUGAUAGUUUCUUCCCCAAACCACACCCAUGUAUACUGGCAACAUAUCUAUAAUGAAACAGUAUUAAAUAUAACAUCCGAUAGUCCCGGUGUUUAUGGCUCAAAGGUAACUGACCCGUCAUUGACUAUACUGCAUGUUACUGCAGAGGAUUCCGGAGACUACAUAUGCUUUGCUGUUAAUAUUGUUGGAACAGGAAACAGCGAACCAACGAGUUUGACCGUAUUAGGAGAGAUUCCAACUGUAACAAUUAAACAUGCAGCAUAUAACACCACGUAUGGAUUCAAUGUGACUCUAGAAUGCAUGAUAGUUUCUUCCCCAAACCACACCCAUGUAUACUGGCAACAUAUCUAUAAUGAAACAGUAUUAAAUAUAACAUCCGAUAGUCCCGGUGUUUAUGGCUCAAAGGUAACUGACCCGUCAUUGACUAUACUGCAUGUUACUGCAGAGGAUUCCGGAGACUACAUAUGCUUUGCUGUAAAUAUUGUUGGAACAGGAAACAGCGAACCAACGAGUUUGACCGUAUUAGGAGAGAUUCCAACUGUAACAAUUAAACAUGCAGCAUAUAACACCACGUAUGGAUUCAAUGUGACUCUAGAAUGCAUGAUAGUUUCUUCCCCAAACCACACCCAUGUAUACUGGCAACAUAUCUAUAAUGAAACAGUGUUAAAUAUAACAUCCGAUAGUCCCGGUGUUUAUGGCUCAAAGGUAACUGACCCGUCAUUGACUAUACUGCAUGUUUCUGCAGAGGAUUCCGGAGACUACAUAUGCUUUGCUGUAAAUAUUGUUGGAACAGGAAACAGCGAACCAACCAGUUUGACCGUAUUAGGAGAGAUUCCAACUGUAACAAUUAAACAUGCAGCAUAUAACACCACGUAUGGAUUCAAUGUGACUCUAGAAUGCAUGAUAGUUUCUUCCCCAAACCACACCCAUGUAUACUGGCAACAUAUCUAUAAUGAAACAGUAUUAAAUAUAACAUCCGAUAGACCCGGUGUUUAUGGCUCAAAGGUAACUGACCCGUCAUUGACUAUACUGCAUGUUACUGCAGAGGAUUCCGGAGACUACAUAUGCUUUGCUGUUAAUAUUGUUGGAACAGGAAACAGCGAACCAACGAGUUUGACCGUAUUAGGAGAGAUUCCAACUGUAACAAUUAAACAUGCAGCAUAUAACACCACGUAUGGAUUCAAUGUGACUCUAGAAUGCAUGAUAGUUUCUUCCCCAAACCACACCCAUGUAUACUGGCAACAUAUCUAUAAUGAAACAGUAUUAAAUAAAACAUCCGAUAGUCCCGGUGUUUAUGGCUCAAAGGUAACUGACCCGUCAUUGACUAUACUGCAUGUUACUGCAGAGGAUUCCGGAGACUACAUAUGCUUUGCUGUUAAUAUUGUUGGAACAGGAAACAGCGAACCAACGAGUUUGACCGUAUUAGGAGGACAGAACGAUCUUGUUAUCAAAACUGAAAAAGAUCGAUAUAUAGUGAUGUAUGGAAUGUCACUUACAUUAGAAUGUUCAGUACAUACAGCCAGACAUAGCCCAGUUCGUGAGAUAUAUUGGCAGUACAAUAAUAAUGGUGUAAUAACUACGAUUGUUAAAGAUACAGACGGGAUAUCCGGAAGUUCCAUCAAAAUUCCAUCACUGACUAUUUUGUAUGUGACAACAUCUGAAUCCGGAAUUUACACCUGUUUUGCUAAAGAUGACAAUGUAACAGCAAAGAGUGAGCCAGUUGUAAAUGUUGGAUAUAGAAUUUCGUCAAUCGGGUAUGGUGAAAAAGUUACAUUAUUUUGUAAUUUUACUGCUUACCCAAAUGUAACACGUGUUUACUGGGAGAAAGAAGUGAAUGGUGCUAAAAACGUCAUAAAUAGUUGGACAGUGGGAAUCCGCGGCGCCUCUGUAGAAAGUCCAUCGUUGACUAUAGUGAAAAGCACUACAGCAGAUGUAGGAAAUUACAAAUGCGUAGCUACAAAUGUUAUUGGAACAGGAUACAGUGAAACUAUUAGUUUAAAAGUGAUUGGUAAGUUGCCAAAUGUUAUUGUCACACCGGUUUUGCAACCAGUGAUUUAUGGUGAAUCGGUAAACAUUACUUGUAGUGUUUACGCAAACCCACCAGCGACAAAAGUUUAUUGGGAGAAAAAAUCAAAUGGUAUCAUCAUAGUAAUGAAUAAUGAAACUACUGGAAUAGCAGGCAUUUCGGUUGAAAAUCCAUCGAUGACUUUGGUUCAUGCAACUGAUUCGGAUUCGGGAUAUUAUAAAUGUUUCGCAGUAAAUGAAUUUGGACAGGGUUACAGCUCAUCUGUACGACUAACUGUCAUUGGAGGUCUCCCAGAAGUUUCUGUUCCAUCAUUGAAAUAUCUAACUGGGGCUGGUCAUACAAUAGCUAUUAGUUGCUUUGUAAAAAAUACAUCUCCAGAAGUUUCAAAGGUGUACUGGAAAAGAUAUAUACAUGGCUCCUCAACAAUAAUAUCAUCCGCUUCGAUAGGAAUUAAAGGGGUUACUGUUGAAAAUCCAUCGUUGAUUAUUCCAUCUGCCAUGGAAUCGAUGACAGGGGAAUAUACAUGUUUUGCUGUUAACUCUGUUGGAACCGGUAGCAGUCUUCCCGCAAAAGUAACAGUUAAAACAGGAUUUAUACCAGUUGUCAAAUCGACUGAGGAAUCAAAUAGUAAAACGAGCAACAGUGAUACAGUGAUUUCAAUAACUAUAGCUGCGAUUGGUGCAAUAGCUGCUGUAGGUUCAGCAAUAUGUGCUUGUUGUAAUUAUAAGCAAAACAAAAGUUCUGUUCCCGAUCAGAAGUGGAAAAUAGAACCAGACUAUCAAGUUCUACAGGAUGAUCAGACGGCAGAUGAUUCAGACUUUGUUUCUAGUGUUAGUCUUCGACAUUUAAGCAGAGAACUAAAAUACAAUUACUAUGAUUGUUAUACACAGCAUGAAGGAGGAAUGGAAUUAAUGGACGGACACGCAAAAGUUAUUAUCAAAUAUCUGGCAGAUCAGAUACUUCCAGGGAGAAUCAUAGAAGCCGGAAGCAGAGCAGAAGGAACAAUGACACCUUCUCACGAUGGCUUAGGCUAUACUCUACAGGCUGACUCUGACUUCAUGUAUGAAGUCGAUACAACUGGCUUCAGCACUACUUUUACUCUUGAGGACACAGACCAUCCCGGAUUUGUAAAUCUAUGUAUUGAUUUGAAAGAACACCUACCCUAUAUAUUUCUUAAUGCCGUACUGGAGAAUGAAAUUACAAAAUGUAUGAGACUAUCUCCUUCGAAAAUAAAACUUCACCUAUCCAUAGCGUUUGAAAUUCUUAUAUCUAUGAUGAAAAACAAUAUUGAAAACAUAGAUCAUGAUAUUUUCGAAGGCUUCGAGACUAGAACAGAAAUUAUAGGCCCAGCUGUUAGAUUAAAGUGCUUUCCUCAAGAAGAAAUAUUCGAGCCUGAAUGCAUAUUAAUGUUAGGCGAAGAAGACGAAUUAGAAGACACGAAUUUGCCACAAAGUUUAAAAGUAAGAGAAAUCGACGUAGCCUUGGCGAUUAGAUAUAACAAAUGGCCGAAACAAGCAUCGGGUUGGUUGACUCGUGAACGAAAAUGGCCAAACAAGUCUUUAUUAAAAACCUCAGUAGAUGAAGGUUUCCACGUGGUUGCAAAAUCAAGUACUGAAGACAUCACUAACUAUGAAUGGAGGAUGUCAUUUGCAAGAGUGGAUUGUAUUUUAUUAAAAUCCAUUUCAAAUACUUCACAAUGUAAACAUUGUUAUAGAAUUUUUAAAUGUUUCGUGAAGUAUCACUUGUCUCACCCAAAGCUUGUCUCAACUUACCAUUGUAAGACAAUUUUCCUAUGGACACUUGAAAGAUUUCCGCCGGAUACAUGGACAGAAGACAAUUUAGGUCAUAGAUUUCUCGGUCUUCUCGAUAGUCUUUUGCAUGCCCUUGUAAUGAGACAGUUAUCUCAGUACUACAUUCCAUCGGAUAAUUUAAUGAAUAAAUUCAAAGAUAAGACUGAUUUCGUAGAGACAGCUUGUCAAAAACUGUCCGAUAUGCGACGAAAUCCAUUCAGUUACAUUUAUAGAUUAGGAACUAACGCCUGGGAUGAUGAAAUGCAAGGUUUUACUAUUGAAGAAAUGAUUCAUUGGAAUGAGAAACCAGAAAAAGACCGCUAUCCAACGUCAGACCAGGACAUAUUUGAUGAACGAAAUCAAGAUACAGAAAAGUAA